CUCCGGCCCCGCCUCCACGUCGCGUCCCGCUUCCGGCCAGCGGGGUCCCGUUCAGUGUCCAGCGGCAGCAGGUUGAAUGAGGCCAGUGCGACUCAUGAAGGUGUUCGUCACUCGCAGGAUCCCCCCCGAGGGCAGGGCCGCGCUCGCUCAGGCCGCAGACUGUGAAGUGGAGCAGUGGGAUUCAGACGAGCCCAUCCCCAACAAGGAGCUGGAACGAGGGGUGGCCGGAGCACAUGGCCUGCUUUGCCUCCUCUCUGAGCGUGUGGACAGGAAGCUCCUGGAUACCGCAGGAGCCAAUCUCAAAGUCAUCAGCACAAUGUCUGUGGGUGUCGACCACUUGGCUUUGGAUGAAAUCAAGAAGCGGGGGAUCCGUGUAGGCUACACCCCAGAUGUCCUGACAGAUGCCACUGCAGAACUUGCCGUCUCCCUGCUGCUCACCACCUGUCGCCGGCUGCCAGAGGCCAUUGAGGAAGUGAAGAAUGGUGGCUGGACCUCAUGGAAGCCCCUGUGGAUGUGUGGCUACGGCCUCACAGGCAGCACCGUCGGCAUCAUCGGGCUCGGGCGCAUAGGCCAGGCCAUUGCUCGGCGUCUGAAACCGUUUGGGGUUCAGAGAUUUCUGUACACAGGGCGCCAGCCCAGGCCUCAGGAAGCAGCAGAAUUCCAGGCAGAGUUUGUGUCCACCCCGCAGCUGGCUGCCGAGUCUGAUUUCGUCGUUGUCACCUGCUCCUUAACACCUGCAACCAAGGGGCUCUGCAACAAGGACUUCUUCCAGCAGAUGAAGAAAACGGCCGUGUUUGUCAACAUCAGCAGGGGAGACGUGGUAAACCAGGACGACCUGUACCAGGCCUUGGCCAGCGGUCAGAUUGCAGCUGCUGGACUGGAUGUGACAACCCCAGAACCACUGCCUACAAACCAUCCUCUCUUGACCCUGAAGAACUGUGUAAUCCUGCCCCACAUUGGCAGUGCCACCCACGGAACCCGAAACAUCAUGUCCUUGUUGGCAGCUAACAACUUGCUGGCUGGCCUGAGAGGGGAGCCAAUGCCCAGUGAACUCAAGCUGUAGCCAGAUAGGAGACACUGAGGGCUAGGAGGCAAACGGUGUCCCAGAUGCUGUCGGCUGUGCCAGGCUGGAUUUGGACCCACAGGGCGGGAGCCAAGAAGUCUGAUCUGUACUGAUUCUGCACAGGGAAGACUGGUGCUGAUAGCUGUGCUUGCCACUCUUGUGGUUGGAAACAUUUGAGCCAAAAGCGUGUAAUUCUAUUAAAUAAUUCUCUGAGAAA